GUUUCUUCAUAAUGGCUUCGAGCUGCGACGCCAUUAUGAUGCAGCAGCUGCGGGAGAAGUUACGGGAGAAGGACGAGCACCUGCAUACACUGCGUAAGCACAGGAGGCCACUUGCCACCCACGGCAUGAAUGCAUCCACGUGCUUUCAGGUCUUGAGCUCGAAAGGGCCCAGCAGGAGUCGCGCGUGCAGAAGAGCGCCUCAGAGCAGCGGGAGGCGGCACUGCUGGUGCAGUUGCAGCAGCUUCAGUGAGCAGAACACACUAUGCAAUGCACAGUAUGCGAUUUGGUUGCCUUACCUGUGUCUGCCUGCACACAGGGCUGAAGCCGAGGCGCACAAACAGGAUGAAGAGCGCACGAAGGCAGACACAGGUGGGGUACACAAGCAAACGUUCCUCCUUUACUUCCUGAUUGACUUGUGUGCGCCCUCAUGUCUGUGCCAUGCGUGUAUGCAGAGCACUUGCGCACCAAGUUGGCGGACCGCACAUCCCAGCUGGCCGAGCUCAAGACCCACACAGACCAGCUGCGGGCUCUAGUGGAUGAGCUGCUGGCCACCCAGCCGAGGCGUCCGCGCCUGCCCAGGCCCGCCGGCACCACCCUCCGGUCAUCGCAUGCCCCCUCUGCUGGCAUGUUCCCCAUCCGGCACCCCAUCCACCCGGCCCCACCCAUCCAUCCGAAGAGAGACGAGUCAGCGCCGGCCAGGGCGGCCGACGGAGAAGGGCGGGGGGAGGACGGUGCGGCCGCUGCUGCUGUGUCUGCGUCAGCGCCUGAGGGCGAGAGGGACAAGGGGGCUAGGGAGCCGGUUCCGCCACUGCAUCCCAAGCAGUCCCUUGCCAAGGUGGGCUGUAGUGUCACUUCGCGAACCUAUUUUUUAUGGAUGUUCAUCUUAUUUGUCUGUCAGGCUCGGAGGUACGAGACGCAGGUGGCCGAGCUGAGGAAAAGAUGGGAAAAGGUCAGUCAGUCAAUCAAGGAACCGAGGGCGGCAGAGAGGCAUCCGGAUCCAUCCAUCAAAUGUCUUCUAUCUAUCUAUCUAUCUGUCUGUGCUGCCCCCUAUGCCAGAGUGAGGUGGCGCGUCAGUCUUUGAUGGAGCGCUUGCGUGACCAGCAGCACCACAAACUACACGCACAGAAGAUGCAGCAAAACCUGGCCAGGCAAGUCGGUUGGUCCGUGCAUUCAGGAGCUGAGUGGACCUCUCUUGUGUCCUGGCUGGCGGGCGGGCUGGCUGGCUGACUGGCUGUCGUGGCUGAUUGCGUGCAGGUGUGCAGAUGCUAUCACGCGUCUCGAAACGGAGCGCAAUCAGCUGCGGCAGCUGAUGCUGGACAAGGAGUACUACUGCAGAAAACUCGAGAUGAAACUGCUCAAACUACACAAAAGAACCGAAAGGCAAGACCCACAUUAUUACAUGAAAGCUGGUAGGCAGUCCCCCCUGUCUCUGACAAAUGGCUUUUCUGCCUGUCUGCAGCGGUGUGUGUCAAAGGAAGGUGGUGAGGCGCCCCACUGCCGGCUCCCAGCCAGCGUCACGGCACGCCACACCCAUAGCCAGCAGAGGUAUGACGGGCCAUAAGGUGUCUAUCGGCUCGGCUGCCCUGGACACUCCCGAGGUGUCGGACUCCCUGCCCUCACCAGACACGACCAAGGACAAAAGAGACGAUGUUGGUGCGCGACCAUCGGCGAGUGCUGAGCAUAAUGCUGAGAGGACGGCUGGCGUCGAGCAGAGGAUCACCAAGGAGGACGUCCUUGCUCCAAGACACCAACCACCACAAUCCUCAGCACCAGGCCCGCCCCCACUCCUCCACAACGAGACGUUCCCCCCAUUUCGCAUAUCCCCCGCCCCCUCCCACCCCCUUGACGACCCGGCCAGACGGCUGCGGUCCUCCCCCGGCUACAGAGAGAUUCUCGACAUCUUGCUUGACACACUCGAUGAUGAGGACAGCGCAGAUGACGACGAUGAGGGCAUCAGCGACGUCGCUCUUGAGCCCACCUGCGUCAGGAGGGAUGGUGCUGGUGCGGUCAACACGGAGGGCAGCAGUGAGUCGGCUGAGAGCUUGAGGGAGAGGGAGGAGAUGAAAGGCAAGGCGGGGACUCUGUGUGGUGCUCGGGCAGUGGAUAGGGUGGACAGGGUGCCGCUGCUGCCUAGGAGGGUGGUGGAGGCCGCGAGAGCCAUGGAAGGCGUCAGAACCAGGUGUGUAGUAAAGAUGGAAAGAGCCACCCCCUCACCAAGAUACGGACAUUGUUGGUAUCUCUGCUGUCUCUGUGUGUGUCUGUCAGCGAUGAGGACGCCUCCGUGGAGAGCGAGAUGAGGGCUAUGAAUCCUCGUAUGGACAUGCACAGGCUGUCGACUGGCGAGAGCGUGUCGGCCAUGGACAGCAGUGACAUCUAUGUGGACGGCGCACCGCUCAGCUCAUAGCUGGCUUGCUUGCUUGAUGGAUGGAUCGGUGAGAG